AUGGACGUGAACGAGGCGCUCGAGGAGCUACAGAGGCAGCAGAAGGCGUCCCAGGAAGGCAUUCGCAUGUUGAAGGGCCAGCAUGAGCAGUGGCAGAGCGCGGUGGAAGCGCUGCUGAUCCGCGUCGAGAGCUUCGGCGGGCCCCAGAGCGUCCACGUGCAGCCGUGCCCUGCCGUGGGCGACGUCUUGGAGUUGAGCAGCAUGCACACCAGCGAGCGGAGUGAGUCGAUCACCAAGUUGCCGAUUGACAGCACCUCGAAGAGCUGGCUCCGGAAUUCGACGCUCCAGAAGUUCGAAGCCUCCAAGGGCGCCCUGCGGAAGAUGGUGAUGGAGAUCGUGGAGGACGAUCUGCUGGAGUCGAAAGAGCAGCAGGAGGAGAGCUUCUGGAUCUGCCGGCAGGCAGAAGCUUUGGUGGGCUCCAGGUGGUUCGAGAAUGUCAUUGGCUUGGUGAUCCUGGUGAACAUGAUCACUAUUGGCGUGGAGGCCGAGUUGUCCCUCGGCAAUAACGUGCCAGAGUGGCUGCAGCAGUUGGAGAGAGCCUUUCUGGCGAUCUACACCCUAGAGAUCAUCCUCCGUUUGCUGGCCGAAGGCUGGGGCGCCUUCUGCACGGCCUGGUUUCUGCUGGACUUCUUUCUGGUCUCAGAGGGCAUCGAGAAGGUCCUGGUGGUGCGGGGCCUGCGGCUCCUGCGCCUGGUCCGCGCCCUGCGGGUCGUGGAGCACUUCCGGGUGGUUUGGCAGCUGGUCUACGCGCUGCUCUCUGCGGGGCAAACCAUGUUGUCCACCACCGCCUUGGUGACCUUCAUGCUCUACAUCUUCGGGUGCAUGGCAGUGGAGCUCAUCACCAAGGAUGACGUACUGAAGUCCCAGCCGGCCACCACAGCGAUCGUGGAGCAGUACUUCUACUCCUUGCCCCGGGCCAUCCUCACGCUCCUUCAGUUCGUGACCCUGGAUUCCAUCGCCCAGGUCUACACGCCUCUGAUCCUGGAGAGGCCUUAUUUGGCCAUGUACUUCUUCUCCAUCCUGAUCUUCGUGUCAAUUGGCCUCAUGAACCUCGUGACGGCCGUCAUCAUCGAGGGCGCUUUGGACCAGGCCGCGAAGAAGCACGAGGAGGAGCGGAUUUUGAUGAAGCAGAAGGUGAAGCAGUCCUUGCCGUCGUUGCUAGAGACCUUUCUCGCCAUCGACGUGGAUGGUAGCGGACUGAUCACGAAGGAGGAGCUGGCGAAUAUGCCACUGGACAUGCUGCCCCCGAAUUUCCUGAAGAAUCUGCCUAUUGACAGCAUGAUGGAUCUCUUCGAGGUGCUGGACGUGGACGACAGCAACUCCGUGAGUCAGGCGGAGUUCGUGGAGGGCCUGCUGAAUCUGGCGAUGCUGGACACGCCGAUUUGGAACAUCCAGUCCCUAAAGCUCCUCCGGAGGAUCUCCGACCUCACCAAGGACCUGUGGGACCCGUGGCAUUGA